AUGCGCUUGACCAUCCUCGUCACCGCGCUCUUUCUCGCCUUGGCUCAUGCCAUUCCUGUCGAUGACACAGCAGAUGUCGCUUUGACUGCCGCGAUGCAGAGUACGAUCGACUUAGCAAACGCAGUGUUACAGCAAGCCGGGGUAGAACAAACCGAGCGGGCUUGCGACAUUAACUUCCGCAAAUGCUAUAUGAGAUGUACUGGGGCUCCGACUUGUUAUGCUGUUUGCUUUCUCAAAUAUUGCAAUUGA